AUGUUUCUAACCAUUUUACUUUCAACUUUGCCUCCAGAAAAUCCUUUUGAAAAAGCCGACACUAUGAGCACGUCGUGUAAAGUUUCUCUGGCUUUGUUAUCUUUAUUUGCUGCUGCGUCAUUCUCAUCCUUCACAGCCAUGGCGGCCAAUAAAACCAAACAACCUUUGAGCAAUAUGGUGAGUCAGUUAGAUAGAUUUUUGCAUAACGAUCAUGCCUAUUAAAACUUAAACAAAUAAUAACGACCAAAUUGAACAACAGAGCCUUACAUUUAUCAUAAUCCAACAAAAAUUUCUCUACCCUGGAUCGAGGUACAGUUAAAACAAUACAUCGCAUCUUUUCAAAGUCAAGUGAAAAUCUUGAUUCGAUUGUGCAAAGUUUACGUAGACAGAAAACAGUGUUACUGCUUCAAUUCCUGUAACUUACAAAACAACCAAACACAAAUUGCGAAAACGUAUACUUUAACUUGACCAAGCAACAGCUCGCUGUUAAUAAAACUCAGAAAGACUAGGGAAAAAUAGUUCAGGAAACUUUCCGUAGAACUUAAAAGAGAGCUAAAUAAAGUAGGAAAAAGAAAAUUUAAAUACAAAAAGGAGUAGAAAACGGGAUAUAAAAAGCAAGCAACUUUAUCACCAUUCCGGUUUUGACUAUUUUCUUUUUUUAUGGACUGACUUGUAAAAAACGCAAUAUAUUUUUUUAUUAUAUUUUUUUAGCUUUUUUUUUUCGAAAGAUUAGUGAGCGGAAAGAAGGUUGUUAUAAUUAAGAUUACUGAUAGGAGUUAGGAGUGGGCGUACAGGAACACGGACAUUUUUAUUGUCGUUAAUGGCUUUUAGUAUCAGCGAUGGGAAUUAGCAUUUUGAAAAGACAAACUAGGUUACAGUGUGAGAUAAUGGCAGAGAUACAAUUACAGUUUUAUGACUGUUUGUUUCUUUGAUACUCUAGCAAUCUCCCCCAUUCUGGUGCGGUGGGAUUCCCGGCAUGCAUGGCAAGCCCGGUUCUCCAGGGUUACCAGGCCGUGACGGACGUGAUGGCCGAGAGGGAACUAAAGGUGACCAAGGAAGCCCGGGAAAGAUUGGGCCCCAGGGACCUCCUGGAGUAAUGGGUGCUGCUGGAGUAAAUGGAAAAGAUGGAGCUAAAGGAGAGCCUGGUGUACGGGGCCCACCAGGUCCAAAAGGAGAGCGUGGACAAACUGGACAUCCUGGGAACCCAGGUCUGAUGCCUUUUAAGAACUGGAAAGAGUGCGCAUGGAAAGAUUUAAACGAUGACAAAGACAACGGUUUAAUAAAGGUAAAGUUACAAGAACUCUUAAUUUCUUCUAAAUUGCUUGGUCCCCAUUUAUCUUUUCUGCUUUUAUCUUAUGAUACCUAAGCGAUUUAACCAUUCUAUAUUUAUUUCUGACAUAUUUAGGACUGUGUCUUCACAAAGAACUUCUCUGACACCGCUCUUCAUGUGGCCUGGACCGGUGCCCUUAGAAACCACAAGUGUACAUCCUGUUGCAAACGCUGGUACUUCACUUUCAACGGCGCAGAAUGUUCAGCUCCCUUACCUAUUGACGGUAUUGUGUACAUGUGGCAAGGCAACACUCAAGAUCUUCACCGUGUUCGCCAUAUCGAGGGGCACUGCAACAACAUUCACAAAGGAAGGGUGCGCGUUGGAUUCUGGGUUGGUAAUUGUCGAGCGGGAUCACCCGGCGACGCCUACACAGGCUACGUUUCUGUGUCCCGGAUCUUCAUUGAAGAAGUCCCUAAGGCUCAGGCCUAAAUGCCGAGACAAAACAUCCAUUUUGCUAAGAUAAACACUAUCGCUUUCACCCAGCUCUACAGAUUACUAGGAGGUCGAUUUUUGUAAUGGUAAUGGAACGAUAACAUUAAAAGUCGCAG